CGGUCUCCACACAGCUCUUCAUCCAUCUCAUUUUUUUCUCAAAAGAAAAAUGAACCAAAGGUUGAACGCAGUUGCAUCUUCGGGAGAUAUCGACUCCUUAUAUUUGAUACUUCAAGAAGAUGCCUACAUUUUAGAACGCAUAGAUCAGGUACCUUUUGUUGAUACCCCAUUACACAUCUCAGCAUCAGCAGGACAUGUCCCUUUUUCUUUGGAGAUCAUGAGGUUGAAACCAUCCUUAGCCAAGAAGCUUAACCCAGAAGGCUAUAGCCCUAUCCACUUGGCAUUGCAAAAUAACCAAACAAAAACUGUGUUGCGGCUCGUCGAUAUCGAUCGAGAUCUCGUAUGCAUACAAGGGAGAGAUGGCUUAACUCCAUUGCACAUUGCAGCCUCGGGAGGCAUGGAUGAUAUAUUGGCCAAGUUUCUAACUUCAUGCCCAAAAUCUAUUAAACAAUUGACCAAUCGUAAUGAGUCUGCUCUACAUAUUGCUGUUAAACGUGAAGAUAUUGAAUCGGUUAAAAUCUUGCUCCAAUGGAUCCAACAAACAUGCAUGACCUCAAUACUUAAUUGGUGUGAUGACGAAGGAAACAAUGCCAUGCAUCGUGUCGCGCUCGGAAAUCAAAUUGAGGUCAGUAUCAAAAAAUUUUAA